AACAGUGAACGCACUGCAUCUAUCUAUCCUCCCCAAUUCCACCUCUCCAACUCAAAAAACUCAUCAUAUCAUACCAAUAAUCAUAUUCCCUCCCUCCCUUCUCCCUGAGUCCAAAGUGGAGAGUGUAAAUUAAGCAAGAAGAUUAUAGGGCGAGAAAAAAUGCCAAGCAAUCUGGGAAGAAACAUAAAUCUUUGCUUCACAAAUAUCACGGCACCCUCAUCUCCCCAAUCCUCGAUCCAAGCUGAGCACAGCCGUUCCCUAUCCAGCUCCGCAGCAUCAGUCCUCAUCAAGAACUUCAACUCCCUCUACGAUUUCACUUUUGACUGCACCACCUAUUCCAAGUCCUUUCCCCACCCCACGUCCGCCACCACCACCUCCGACGACGACCUCUCCUCCUCCGAAUCCUACACCACCUCCUCCACCCCGGACUUCUCCACCGUCUUCGCAUCCCAACGCUUUUUCUGCUCCUCUCCUGGCCGUUCUAACUCCAUCAUAGACUCCUCAUCGUCCCUAUCGUCAACCUCCUCGUCGUCUCCGGGCAUCCCGACCGAACCCGACAGCGUCGUGGGAGGAAGCAUUGCUGUUGCGACCUAUUCGCCAGACCCUUUCAUGGACUUUCGACGGUCCAUGCAAGAAAUGGUGGAGGCCCAUGACCUGAUCGACGUUGCAGCCAAUUGGGACUACUUGCACGAGCUUCUCACCUGCUAUCUGUCUCUCAAUCCCAAGAGAACCCACAAAUUCAUCGUCGGAGCUUUUGCCGAUCUUCUUGUCAGUCUCAUUACUUCAUCAUCACCAGAUGAUGAGCGCUGCCGCUGUACGAAAUCAAAAUUCUCCGAUGAUGGUCGUAAGAUGUCAGGCAUGGGUGGACGGAUGUGAAAUUUUUGCGGGCCCCUAGCCAUUAAUUAAGAUCACGUCAUUGUUUUAGGGAGGAAAGGCGUUCAAGGUAAUAAGGUGGUGAAUGGAUAGCAAUGAGAGUCGAAUCUCUGCAUCUUUUUGAGGAAAGAAAAGAAUACGAGUGGCUGCAA